AUGAGUGUUCGAGAGGCCAUUGGUGAAAAGAACUUUCUGCUACGCAGAACGCCUGCAAAUCCAAAGUAUGAGAAUGUCAAGGCAGUUGUGGAGUCCGGAAUGACAGCAGAGGUGGCACGGCUCAUGAAGCGAACAGGGGCCAACACGGAGCGCCACUUGGGCGAAUGCUUUCUGCGUAUCCGCCCCAAGACGUUAGCGGAAUAUAUUUUACUUCUUAAAAGACAAGAAGAGGCUAAAAGCAUGGGCAAUAGCGACGGCGGAUUUGCGCACCCAAUGGACGAGUACCGCUCGCCAAAUGCAAGGCCACCUAAAGAGUAUCUCAUUCUUGAUGUCCGCUCAGAGGAAGAUUACCGGGCCUGUCAUAUUGAGGGCUCACUGCACUACCCAAAGCGACGGUUGGUACACGCAACAAACCCAUUUCUUCCGGAGAUGUUUGAAUUUAAGAAUAAAGAUAACAAGUGUAUCGUAUUGUACGAUCUAGAAGAGGAAUUAACAGUGGGACAGAGCGUUGGCAAGAUCCUCUUUGAAAAGGGCGUUGAUAAUUUGGCAGUGCUAACGGGAGGAUUACGAGAAUUUGUACAGGACUAUGCUUCUCUAAUAGUGGGAAAGUGCCCUGUUCCGAUAGUUCCCCGGGACAAUCGCCUUUUAAAACGUGCAGAGGCGCUAGCAGCAGCGCGGAGUGAAACGCAACGGAGCAUGUUUACUCAUAAACCGAAGAGCUUGUCGAAUAGUCUUGCCAAGCCAAGACGGUAG